AUGAAACCCAGCUCCUCAACGAGCCGGCCCGUGCAGAAAACCCUAGCGAGCGCGGCCAAUCUGGCGAACCUCCUCCCAAGCGGCACGGUGUUGGCGUUUCAAACCCUGGCGCCGUCCUUCUCCAACAAGGGCGUGUGCCAUUUAUCAAACAGAUAUCUGACGGCGUGGCUCAUCGGCGCAUGCUCCGUCGUCUGCUUUCUGUCCUCCUUCACCGACAGCUUCACGGAUUCGGAGGGCAGGCUGCACUACGGGGUGGCCACGUGGAAGGGGAUGAUGAUUUUGAACGGAGAUGAUGACGACGAUGAUGAGAUGGAUUUGUCGAGGUUUAGGGUUAGAUUGAUAGACUUGUUUCACGCGUGGGCGGCGCUGGCGGUGUUCAUGGCGUUCGCGUUGUGCGAUGCCAACGUGCAGGGCUGCUUCUUCCCGUGGGCAGCGCCGGAGUUGGUGGUGAAUUUGCCGCUGGCGGCGGGGGUUUUCUCCACCUUCUUCUUCACCAUUUUCCCCACUACUCGUCGUGGGAUUGGGUAUUCCUGCCAACGUUAG